UGGUCGCUCCUGUGGUGUCUGCUGUGCGCCACCCGGCCGUCCUCAUGGUGAAGCCGAGCAAAGAAGCCAAGCAGAGCCUGCAGCAGCUCUUCAAGGGCGGCCAGUUUGCCAUUCACCGGGGCUUUACCCCUUUCGUGAUUUACCUGGGUUUUAAAAGGGGUGCAGAUUCCGGAAUGUUUGAACCAACUGUUUUGAGCCUGCUCUGGGAGUAAAGGACUGUUUGGUCAUCUGGACUUGGAAACAGUCGUCGGACGAUGGCAGCGUGGAACACGUGUGCUCUGCUGAGACGAGAUCUGCUAUAUCGCUCAGUCACCGAUGGGCAGCGCGGGGC